AUGCAUUACAGUGCGAGUCAGAGCCACCAGCUUGAAGUAGAUCUUAAGGCCCAAGAAGACGCUGAGAGCCUGGUAGGUGGAGAGGUUCCUGCAGCUGGGGAGAAGGAAACUGCCUCUCCUCCCCUCUCUCCUUUGAUCCAGGGCACCCCAGGGGGGGUGCCUGCUGCUGGAAAACCAAGUGUUCCCCAGCAGUCUCAGGAUGCCUGCUCUUCCUCCACCACCAUCGAAGCCACUCCAUCGACGAGCAAAUCAGAUGAGGGCCCCAGCGGCCAACAACAGGAUGUGGUUCCCUCCCGGGCUGGCCCAGAUCCUGAGCCCUUGCUCGGUGGUGCCCUAGACAAGAUGGUAACUGAGUUGCUGCAGGUCCUGAGUGUCAAGUAUAUAACCAAGGAGCCCGUCACAAAAGCAGAAAUGCUAAAGGCCAUCAAAGGGCACGAGAACCACUUCCCCGUGAUCUUCAAGAAAGCCUGUGAGUGCAUGGAGGUUGUCUUUGGCCUUGACGUGAAGGAAGUGGACCCCAUCAACCACUCCUACGUGCUGGUCAAAACCCUAGACCUCAGCUACGAUGGGAUGCCAAGUGAUGACCAGGGCAUGCCCAAGACCGGCCUCCUCAUCCUUAUCCUGGGUGUGAUCUUUAUGGAGGGUGACCGUGCCACUGAGGACAAGAUCUGGAGGGUCCUGAACAAGAUCGGAGUGUACGCUGGGAGGAACGACUUCAUCUAUGGGGAGCCCAGGAAGCUCAUCACCAAAGACUUCGUGCAGGAGAAGUACCUGGUAUACCGGCAGGUGUCCGACAGCGAUAUCCCGUGCUAUGAAUUCCUAUGGGGCCCCAGGGCCCACGCUGAAACGAGCAAGAUGAAAGUCCUGCAAUUUUUUGCAAAGAUCGCUGGCACUGACCCCACUUCCCUCCGAUACUGGUAUGAGGAAGCUUUGAGAGAUGAGCGGGAGCGAGCCCAGGCCACAGUGGCCACCACCGAUGGUACUACUGUCACAGCCAAUGAAAGUGCCAGUGUCCUGUCCACCAGCGUCUCUCGCCCUGGGUGAAGCCUGAGGAAGAUCCUCCACUCUGUGGUUAAAGAGGGCAAUCAAGGGUCUAAGUAGUGGAGGACUGAAUUGCAGAUUUCAUCUUUUUUUUCUUUGGUAUUUU